UAAAUAUCAGGAAAAUAGAGACAUUUAGCUUGAGAAUGCCAAAGCCUACAUUGCUCUCUGUCUAUCAGGUUUUUUUCCUUUGUCUCUUUAGCACAUUCCAUGGUAAUAAUUACUCAUCUCUAUCACCAGUCUAUAGAAAUGUACCUUCAAAUCAAUGUCUGCUUUUUGGAAAAGAGACUCUUUAUUGUUUUCAUGCUACAAAUGGCUGCUGAUUUGGUUCUGUGCCAGCUCCAUUACAUGAUCUCUGAGGAAUCCAAACACGGCACCUUUGUUGGGAGAAUUGCUCAGGACCUGGGACUGCAGAUCAGUGACAUUAAUUCCAGAGGGCUACAGAUUGUCUCUCAGGAUGGAUCAGAUUAUUUCCAGGUAAAUCUGCAAAAUGGAAUUUUAUUUGUGAAUAAUAUAAUAGAUAGAGAUCAGCUUUGCCCAAAGAUUAAUGUGUGCAUUGUUCAUCUAGAAGUGAUCAUUAAUAAACCUGUACAGAUUCACCAUGUUGAUGUAGAAAUUGAAGAUAUAAAUGACAAUUGGCCAGUUUUCCCAUCAAAAGAUUAUAAGCUGAUUAUAUCUGAGGUGAGGCUGCCAGGAUCUCGCUUUUCACUGGAAGGAGCAGUUGAUGCUGACGUUGGAACCAAUUCAGUUACCAGCUAUGACAUCACCUCUAAUGACUACUUUGCGCUAGAGGUCCAGACUUAUACGCACAUGAGCAAGGCUGUUCAGCUUGUUCUGAAGAAACCACUAGAUAGAGAGCAGAUCCCAUUUUAUAAUUUAACCCUAACAGCGUCUGAUGGGGGAAAGCCAAAAUUACGUGGCACUGCCCAACUGCUAAUUACAGUACAGGAUGUCAAUGAUAAUGCCCCAGUGUUUGAUCAGCCAUUUUACAGAGCCAGUUUGCUAGAAAAUGCUCUCAAAGGAACAUUUGUUUUCAAAGUGAAUGCAACAGAUUUAGACCAAGGUGAGAAUGGCCAGAUAUAUUAUGCCUUUAGUAAUAAAGUCACACCAGAUAUAAUUUCAACCUUUACUAUAGAUAAGGAUACAGGCAUAAUACAAGUUAUAGGUGAUGUGGACUUUGAAGUAAAUAACUUUUAUGAAAUAGAAGUCAAUGCCAUUGACAAAGGUCUGUAUGCCAUGGCUGGGCAUUGCAAGGUGUUAGUGAAUAUUCUUGAUGUGAAUGAUAACCCACCAAUGAUCAUAGUUACAUCACUGAAUGUUCCUGUUCCUGAGGAUUUACCGCCGGGAACGGUAGUUGCAGUUAUCAGUGUUCAUGACAGAGAUUCAGGCCAGAAUGGGAAAGUCACUUGUCAUAUUUCGAAAAAUGUUCCUUUCAAGAUAUCCCCCACACUAAGGGAAUUUUACUCACUGACCGUGGAUGGAACCUUGGAUCAUGAAAAAACAGCAGAAUAUGAAUUGGUAAUAACAGCUACAGAUGACGGUUCAGUGCAUCUAUCAGAUUCCAAAACCAUAGGAAUUCAAGUAAGUGAUGUGAAUGACAAUGCUCCAACGUUUCAUCAAGGUUUGGAGACAAUAAACAUCAAGGAGAAUAACCCACCAGGAUCUCAUGUCUACACAGUAUCAGCCUCUGAUUCAGAUACCGGCCAUAAUUCCUUUAUUACAUAUUCACUGAGUGACAGUUUCAUAGAUGGAAUACCCAUAUCUUCCUAUAUCUCUGUCAAUCCUGAAAAUGGGAAAAUAUUUGCUUUGCUGUCAUUUGACCAUGAACAAGUUCGAUAUUUCCAGUGCCAAAUAAAAGCAACAGAUGCAGGACUGCCUCCUCUAAGUGGCAAUCUCACCCUGCACAUUUUUAUAGAGGAUAUUAAUGAUAAUUCCCCAUCUGCUCUGGCUCCAUUUUCAAUCACUGAAUCAGCAGUAACUGAGAUGGUUCCAAGAUCGUCUAAAGUAGGUCAGUUGGUGACUAAAAUUAAAGCAGUUGAUCCAGAUUCAGGAUAUAAUGGUUGGAUUUCCUAUGAGUUUAACAAUCUGCCAAGACAUUCUCCAUUUUCUAUUGCCCGUCAGAGUGGGGAAAUCACUGUCAUACGCUCCUUUAUGGAUUCAGACAGUGACCACCAUAAACUGUCCAUUGAGUUGAAAGAUCAUGGAGAACCAAAAAUGUCUUCAGUAGUGACUUUAAUCAUUUUACUGGUGGAACCUGGACAAGAGAUUCCAGUAGAAAGAAAGAACCAUAAAAGAAAAGCUGAUGAUUUUUCAGAUGCCAAUAUUUAUCUGAUCACGUCUAUUUGCCUGAUCUCCAGUGUAUUCCUAAUUACCCUCAUUGUUUACACUGUGCUAAGGUGGCAGAAAUACACCCAAGAAAUCGAUGCUCUCAAACAAAAUACAAUUUGUCCCAGCAUAGCAGGGAGUUGGACCUACACUCAGCAAAGACAGUAUAAGGUCUGUUUAAAUGGAGCUCCACCUAAAAAUGAUUUGAUACUUUUUACACCAAACUUUCCCCAAUCUGUAGUAGAGGACGAGAACUCUAACACUGGGAGUCUGGCUUCUGAUUCCGCUGGGAAGGUGAGAGACAAAUAA